CAAGGGAUUGCAUUAGAUUUGGUAGUAAAUACAAAGAUGGCGAACAAUUUGCAAUAAAUCAUUUGCGUUAUGAAUGUAAAGAUGGAACGGUUAAUAUUCUUGGUUGCUAUAUGAAUGAAAUUGGACAAAAUCUUGAAAUUGGCCGUAGCAUUGUUGAUAAGCUUACGAUAUAUAAAUGUUUAAGUGAAAAUGGUGAAGUGAGAUAUGAAGAAUAUCCUUGUGGACUUCAAGGUAUGCCACCGUGUGAAGUUCCGAAGCAACAAAAACAACAAACACCAAUUAAAGUGCCAACAGUGCGUAAACCUAUUCCAGGCUCUGGAACAUUUAAUAUUAUGCAGGUAGGAUAA